AGGUUCCAUUUGUUUACGCUUAUUCAAAAACAGUUGCGAACUAUUUAGCUAUACUUACAUAGAUUGUAUUAGUUAGAGCUAAUUGUGCAACUAAUGUAAAAAUUGGUAUAAUGGUUAAUCGACGACUUUCGAACGCUUUGUUGUUUUAAAACUCGUUUUCGCUCUCAAUUUUGUGUCUUUUCAGCAGCAAUGUGCUGGAGCACUUGACAUCGCGCUUACAGUAAGCCUAACCAGACAAUUACUUGCCAUUUCGCAUAUAAACACAAGGAGUCAUUGGUAACGCUCCGGGAUUUGUUGAAAAUAUGUUUAAUCUGAUGUAGCUUUUUAGUAUUUAACUAGUUGAUGACGUUAGAUCUCCCUGUGAAUAAAGCGGAACAGUAAUAAUAGUGGGUGAUGAUUUGAAUUCGGUUCAUAGAAAAUCACCGUCAGUCUUGAGUUGGAUAACAGAAAAAAAGCGCAAAUCUAAAGAUUCUUUAUUAAAAAAUAUGGAGUCGUACCAUGUACUGGAAAUGAUAGGGGAGGGCUCUUUUGGGCGUGUGUACAAAGGACGAAAAAAGUUCAGCGGGCAAGUCGUAGCACUGAAGUUCAUUCCUAAGGUGGGCCGGUCGGAGAAGGAGCUGCGCAGUCUGAAAAGAGAGAUUGACAUCAUGCGGGACCUGAGACACCCGAACGUGAUCCUGCUACUCGACAGCUUUGAGACAGAGCGGGAGGUCGUUGUGGUCACAGAGUAUGCAGAAGGGGAGCUGUUCCAAAUUUUGGAGGAUGAUGGAAGUUUGCCAGAGAGCCAGGUUCGAGUCAUUGCUUGCCAGCUGGUCUCGGCUUUGUACUAUCUGCAUUCUCAUCGAAUACUUCAUCGAGACAUGAAACCGCAGAAUAUCCUUCUGGGGAAAGGAGGCCGGGUCAAGCUCUGUGAUUUUGGUUUUGCCCGUGCAAUGAGCAUGUCCACCCUGGUGCUGACCUCCAUCAAAGGCACACCGCUCUACAUGUCUCCAGAGCUGGUGGAGGAGAAGCCCUACGACCACACAGCCGACCUGUGGUCGCUCGGCUGCAUUCUGUACGAGCUCCACACGGGGGCGCCCCCUUUCUACACAAACUCCAUCUUCCAGCUGGUGCAGCUAAUCAUCCGAGACCCGGUCAAGUGGCCCGGAAGCAUGAGCCCAGACUGCAUGAGUUUCCUAAAAGGCUUGUUGACCAAGGACCCCCAGAAAAGGUUGUCUUGGCCAGACCUUCUAGAACACCCAUUUGUUGCAGAUGGAGUUUUGGUACUUGCCGACAGCAGCCCAGACAACCCCUUGACGGUGACUCCAAGCCCUGACCUGCAGGCUCUCAAGAUGAAGCAGGUGAAGGAGAGGACAGCGCCACGCAGUGGAGAGGGGCGGCUACUGCGCAAAGCCAGGGAACAAAGAGCCAAAGACAAAAAGGAUUUUGCAGAGCAUAAUCAAAGAGGUGGGAGGGGAAAUUGCUCGAAUAAGGCACCUUUGAGGACAGCCCCAGAUGGAAGGACCCCCUCCAAGGAUUGCCCUGUUGCAUCUUUGCAUUGUUUGGACCAGGAACUGGAAAGGCCACCAACCCAACAAGACCCAGACUCUAGAGGACAGGUAGACAGGGGAGGUCAGAUCAGCAGGGAUUUCGCCAAGGAGUUUCCGUCCAUAGAAGUCGGGCCUAGGCGUGUCGUUACGGCCCACCGUGGUAGUCGCCCCAGCCUUGCCACUGUGCGCCCAUUCAGUGAGCAGGACAUUGACAGCGAUGAAGAAUGGCAGAGCCUGGUUAAGACGACAGAUCCAGGGAAUAUGACCUCUGCUACCUUUGACCAGUCCAUCUUAGGGCGUUUGAAGAGCCGAUUACUAACAUCCAAAUUCCAGCUACUGGAAGGAAGGGCAGAAGGGGCGUGCUGCAUCCGUCCGCCUCUGAAGGUCCUGAGUAACCUGCUGGCCCCGGGUGCAGACCCAGCAGUCACCAGCUGCUUGACCCAGGAAGGGGAUCUACCUCAUUUCCUGUUUGAGUUGGUCGAAGGAAUUAUGGGAAAUCCAGUUAAUCAACAGCAGCCGUGGUGCAUACCAGUACUGGGAGACAUCAUAUAUGCAUUGAUAGUCCACGGGGAGCAGUUCUUUGACUGGGAACCUGUUGAAAAGAGACUGGAAGAGCGGACCCAAGCCUUUGUCACAAUUCUGAAGGACCCCCAUAUGGCUCCUCUGUCGCCUUUAGUCGCCGCCCUGCUGGCCCUGUUCUCCCACCACGGCAUGCCUCUGGAGGUCUCCCCCGAAGAGCUGAUGGCUGUGGCCGAGCGUGUACUCUCAGGACCGGCGGAGCUCUAUCUCCCUCUGCCCCGAGGCUGGGGUUUGUUUGAUGGCAUCUUGGUUCUGCUCUUCCAGUCCCUCUCUGAACAGGGAAGCUGUCCUCCCUCCGACUUUCCGAGCUCCUGCCUCUGGCGCCGUCUGUGGCCGAAAAUCGCCGUCGCGUCAGAGGAGGGUAAUGGGGCGUGUGUGUCGCUGGCCGGCCUGCACGCAUUCCUCUCCCUGGUCCUCUUUGUCUUCACCAGGAAGCCCCGAGGUUGUCUGCCUGCUUUUUCUGAUACUGAUUUACGCUGUGUGGAGACCUUGGCCCAUCUGCUUUCAGCUAAGAGCGGCGGGCUGAGCCGUGUGGCAGGUGAGGGUCGGCCCGCUCGGCCCCAGAUUAGCCCCAGCCCCGGUAGCCUGCCCUUGAUGAGCUGCCACUUGUUGUGCUUCCCGUUGGCUCUGGACGUUCCCGAGGAGACGAUGUCGCAGAUCCUGCAGUCGUACCAUAGCUGCAACAUCGUCUCACGUCUCCUACAGCUCUGCUCGGCUCUCCCACUCCCCCUUCUGGAGGUUCCUCUCUCCCUGCUGUGCCGCCUGCUGCUGUGUGAUCCCCAGCGGUCCGUGCCGCGCUUCAAAGCUGCCGCAGAGGCCAUCGGCUUCUUCUACCCUCUGGGGCCGGAUCGCCACGACGACCGCGACUCGGAAGCCGGCGGGGGGCCCCGUCCACAGGAGGGCAGGACGGCCGCUUCCCUCCUGGCCGAUCUUCUCCAGUCAGACGCGUUCUCUGGCUCGGCCGCUGAGCUCCUUUCCUUGGUCUCCCAGGUCGCCCGCUGUUCCCCGCGCCCCCCCCUCUCCCUCCUGAACCUGGACCCUUCCCUGCUGAGGUCGGCCCUGGCCCACCCGGACCAGACGGUACGGCUUGCCGCCUGCAGCCUGCUAGGUAACCUGGACCCACUGUGGGUCCAGACCCCCCCUGGCGAGCAGCCCCACCUGCCGCUCUUCCGGGACCUGAUCGACCAGCUGCACGACCCAUCCGUGUCCGUCCGGAGGGUGGUGUGCCGGGCAGUGGGGACCUGGCUGGGUUUGAUCGUCACGGGGGACAGGUGUGAGGAAGGGUGGGGCAGCCUUGCGGAGGGAGGGAGUCCGUUUCGGGACUGCCAGGGGUGGGCAGAGAUGGCCCUGGGGGUGGUUCCCACCCUGAUGACCCUCCUGCAGGACUCGGACCCCCUGGUCCGACGGCACUCAUGCGCAGCUUUGGGGAACGUGGCCAGCGUGCCAGGUGGCACUGCCCCCCUGCUGCGGUGCAACGGGCCCGACCGGCUCCUGCGCGUGGCCUGCUCCGACACCCACGGCGGCGUACAGGAGGCGGCCGUCUCCAGCCUCUGCCUCUUCAGCCUGCAGGACUCGCUGAGGCAGUCUUUAGUGUCCUUGAACGCCUUUGACAGACUGAGCCAGGUGACCCGGAACCCGCACACACUGCAGCGGUACCGCCGGCUCAUUAACGGGCUGCAUCCCGCAUAAAGGCCCCUCCAGCUGCGGGAUUCACCCCCACGCCACUGGAGCGAUUUGCCCCGCUCUCUUUUCCUGCUGAAUCCCGUGGCUGUGCCGACUCCUCUGGGGCAGAGUGGACAGGCGACCUGGCCGCCCUUAUUUCCGUCUCAGCCAGCACUGCAUCCUCCCCUGUUGUACUAUUAUUUGCAGUUUUUUUUUUACUCUGACAAUAAACUGUUAUUCUGAUU